AUGAAUAACGUUAAUAAUUACAAAUUAUCAAAUUUCACGGAUAUAUUAAAUGAAGAAAUAGGGGAUUCACAACCAAUGUCAUUGCCCUCAUCGAAUUUUACAAAUGUAUCGUCACAAGAGAAUUUGAAUGUUGAUUUAGUUUUAUCUAAAAACACAAGGCCCGAUAAAUAUACGGGCCAAAAAGGUCACUUUCGAAGUAGAGAAGAAAUUGAUCAAAAAUAUAGAAAUGUCUUCUCUUACAAUUAUUUUAAUUUAGUGCAAUCUAGAAUAAUCGAUGACGCUUUAUAUUCAGAUAAAUCUUUAGUAGUGUGUGCUCCCACGGGUUCAGGAAAAACAGUUGUUUUCGAAAUGGCUAUUGUACAAUUAUUAAUGGAAAUGGAAGAUAAAAACUCUAAUCAGGAUUUCAAAAUAAUUUAUAUGGCACCUGUUAAAGCGUUAUGUUCAGAACGUUUGUCAGAAUGGUAUCCAAAGUUCACAAAGCUUGGUGUACUGUGUAUCGAAGUCACUGGAGAUACAGAUGUCGACUUUCCACAGUUGAAACCAUAUAGACUGAUAAUAACGACUCCUGAAAAGUGGGAUAUGCUAACCCGCCGUUGGAAAGACCACGCGAGUUUGGUCGAAGUCAUAAAAUUAUUCCUAAUCGAUGAGGUUCAUAUCUUAAAUGAUGAAGUGCGAGGACCUGUGCUUGAAGCUGUUGUGAGUAGAAUGAAAACGAUUGAGUCGUCAGCCCAAUCCGCCCACCGCAUAACAAAACUACAACAACAGUACAAUAUGGGAAAUACAACACUCAUAGCUCCUUCACCUAAAAUUAGGUUCAUAGCGGUAUCCGCUACUGUUAGCAAUCCUGAAGAUGUGGCUAAAUGGCUUGGUUCCGCUGAAAAACCGGCUGUGUUUUAUAAGUUCGGAGACGAAUGCCGACCAGUAAAACUGAAACUAGUGGUAGAAGGCUAUCCUUGUGCUGAAGGCUCGAGCAUGUUCAAGUUUGAUAUAGUUCUCAAUUACAAGCUUUGGCCCAUUAUACAGAAAUAUUAUAAUGGGAAGCCUACACUGAUAUUCUGCAACACGCGGAAGAGUGUAGCGCUGACCGCUGAAACUUUAUCCCGUGAGAUCACGGUCGGGUUCAGUGAGGAGCAAAAGGCAAGGCUCGCUGCCCUUGCUUCCACUAUUAAGAAUAAAAAGUUUCAAUCGUUGAUAUUAUGUGGCGUAGGCUGCCACCAUGCAGGUCUUUUAUACGAAGAAAGAAUCAACAUUGAAAACGCUUUUAGAAAUAGGGAAUUGCCCAUCCUCAUAACAACUACAACAUUAGCAAUGGGUGUCAACUUACCGGCCCAUCUGGUUAUUAUCAAGAACACUCAACAAUACGUAAAUGGGGCAUAUCAGGAAUAUAGUAUAAGCACGAUACUUCAAAUGGUUGGUCGAGCUGGUCGGCCACAAUUCGAUACAGAAGCCACUGCCGUUAUUAUGACCAGGCUUGCAGAUAAGACGCGAUACCAAUCUCUAGUCGGUGGUAGUGAUCCUCUCCAGAGCUACCUACACAAACGCUUAGCUGAGAACCUAAACAGCGAAGCAGCACUAGGUACAGUGACGGAUGUAGCUCAAUGUGUCCAAUGGGUUAACUCUACGUUCCUGAGCGUUAGGGCCGCAAGGGACCCGAGGAGGUAUUUAGGACUUCCAACGAACGCCUCGCAACAGCUGAUUUGUAAGAAGAUUGAGGAGCUUUGCGUGAAAGCGAUGAAUGGCUUAGCGUCUGCGGGUCUCAUAACUAUGGAUGAAGCGAGUUGCAUAGAGUCCACGGACGCUGGCCGACUUAUGUCCGUUUACUACAUCGAUCUGGGAACCAUGAAAACUAUUAUGAAAAUAGACGGUACAGAAUCUCUAGAGCGUCUCCUAUGGCUGGUGUGUGAAAGUCAUGAGCUUUCUGACAUGCACUUACGAGUAGACGAGAGACGAUGUUUAAAUUCUUUAAAUAGGAAUAAUUCAGCUGCUACAAUACGCUUUCCUAUGAAGGGCAAAAUUAAUAGCCGACAAAUGAAAUUGUACUGUAUCAUUCAAGCUGUCCUCGGUUGCCUGCCAAUACCAGAUCCGUCUUUGAACCAAGAAGCCAUGAAAAUUAUGAGAAUUGCUGAUCGUGUUUGUAAAUGUCUAGUAGCAUACGUAACUAGUCCAAAGCUAAUGUGCUCGAAUACUAAGAACUAUAGCGCGGUAUUAAACGCAUUGGUACUUGCUAAGUGCAUAUCAGCACAUUUGUGGGAAAACUCGCCGUUUCUGAGUAAACAGCUGAAAGGCAUUGGACCCACUUUUAGUUCGUUGCUUGCUACUGCUGGAAAGGUUAAUUUUAUGCUGCUUGAAGAAAGCCAUCCAAGAGACUUAGAAAGGAUAAUGAACAAAGGUCCCCCAGCGGGUAACAUACUCCGAAAGCAGAUAAGUUUGUUACCAAAAUACAGCCUAAAGAUAAAGCCGAUCAGCGAACACUCAAUUCGUAUUGAGUUGCAAUUAUUGAAUCACGCGUUUUUGUCAGAAAAUAUAGAACAACUGACAGCUGGAGAUACGCAUAAAUUUUAUUUAAUUGUCGGGGACUCGGAAAACAACUUGCUGUACUUGUCAUCUUUUAAAGAUACAGAUUUACUAAACCUCUACGAUGGAUGUAUCACGUGCGAUGUUACCAGGAAGCAGUAUAACGAGCAAAAAGUUAUGGCACAUUGCAUCAGUUCAAAUUUUGUUGGCAUUGAUGAUCACUGCGAAUAUGUAUUUAACGAAUUGCCUACAUGUACACGUAUGGAAAAGAAUUUGAUGUUAGAUGAAAUACAUGUACCAGAAAAAGAAACCUGUGUUAAAGACCGUAAACGUAAAAAUGACACCGAUAUCGUACAAUCAAAAGAAAAAAUAAAACGAGACACGAACAUAAUAAAGCAAUUUAAACAUUUGAAGGAAUCUUUUGAGUUGUCUUCAGAAAAUUUAUCAAAGAAUUUAAAUGAAACAGCGGAACUAUCGAACAAAAUUUUAACUGAUCUCACUAAAACAGAUAAUGAUAUUAUUGAAACAGUUGCUACGUUGCCCAUUAAAGAAAAAAUUACUCAUGAAAAUGUUGUUGAAAUAUCAGAUGAAGAAGACUAUAUAGAUGACGCGGAAAUAAAUAAUAUUCUGAAUGAAAUUGAAGGAGAGAUAAAGCAUGUAGCAGUCAAUAAUAAAAGCAUGGAACGAAAUAUUCAAACUAAACCAAUAGAAAAAUUAUAUAGCAUCUCCAAUAGUAUGAUUAAUACAGGCAUAAAUAGAUCGUCAAUACUACGACCCCAUGGUUUAAGUAAAAAUAAGCAAAAGGCUAAAAAAUCUAAUUUCAGUUUCAUAGAUUUAAUAGAAAAACAAAACCAAUCUCCAAAUGACAAUUAUGUGGAAAAACAAACCGAUACUGGUUUUUCUGGUGCUAUACGAGAUAAUAUUAAUGAGUUUUUGAGGAAAGCUCAAAUCAAAAAGCAGACUAACGCAAAUGUAAUAGAACUCUUGAACAGUCCAGUUUCAAAGAAUACAGAUUCUUCAUUAUCUACUGUAGUCCGUGAAGAUGUACUAAAUAUUGAAAAUGAAAAUAAUCUUAAUUCUGAUAUCGUAACCCAACCAGAUAAACGAUCUGAAUAUAAUGAUUAUGCAAGCGCAACGCAGAAUGUAUCAUCAAAUACAAAUACAGAAAUUAUGCCACUUUGUAAAAUAAAUAAAACCCAUGAAAUAAAUCCUUAUUCGCUACAGACAAAUAUUAAGGAUCCUUGUAUUCUAAACUACGAUUCAAAGAAGAACAGUAUUAAAAACACCAGUGACUUUUCAUCUAAUGAACACAAAUUAAAUUUUUCACAUGCAAUAACAACUAUACAAAAUAACAGUUUAGUUCCUAUAACUACACUUAUACAAUACAGAGAUGAAUUAAAAAGUAGACCUUGUAUUGAAAAUAAUGUAAUGACGGACAUUAAAAUGAAUAGUGAUCAAAGUGUAUCUUGUAUUGAAAAAUAUACAACAAACAACAAAUUGAAUAGUCAUAAUAAGCAACAACUAUUAGAACUAUCACAUGCAAUUACCAAUGCAAAAACUUAUAGCGAUAUUAUAAACUCGAAAAAUGACAAAACUGAAACUAAUUUUAAAACAAAAGACAAUAAAUUUGAGCAGUAUAAGUAUAUCAAAAAGUUUUCCUAUAAAGCUACUAACAUUAACACUUGUACCAAAAUACUGCCGGAAUGCAAAAUUCAAAUAAUAAGCCAACUGAAAGUGGAUUUCAACGUUACUGAAAUAAAAACUCCGAGUGAUAAUUUCAAAAAUACUGAAAACAAAAGUCCUAGCUUAAAUUCUAAUGAUACGAAAGUAGAAGUAACCGAAAUCUUAUCACCUGACAAAAGCCAAGAGAAUGAAAUAAACUAUGGAAAUAAACAAAUUGCACAUGAAAAAACAGCAAUGCCUAAAUUAGAACAUAUUGAAAAUAUAUCAAACAACAGAGUAGAAGAGUCAAAGACAAAAUAUGAUAACGUUAAUGUUAAUGAUAUUUUACUCAAAUACAAAAAUAUUAUUGAUUCAAGAAAGAACAAUCCAUCGCCAGCUGUAAAAGAAAACGAAAACUAUAAUGGUCACUUCGAUAAAGAGUAUAAGAAGCCAUCUACAAAACCAAGAAAGCAAUAUAAAAUUACUGAUUUACAUAAAGUUGACAUACCGCUACCUGAAUCACUUUCUUCAAUCAUCAGUGACGCUAAAAAGUGUACAAACAUAGAUAUCCAUACUAAAGUGAAAGAAAUUAAUAAAUCUCUUGAACGUAGUAAUAAAGAAGAAAUUAACCAAACUUUUGAAAAUAAUAACAAAGAAGAAAUUACAUUAGUUCAAGAUGACCCCGAGAUACCCGAGGUUAUUUGCGAUCUUAUAGACUUGAAUGAUGACUUAAAAUACACUCCUUCUACAGAAGUAGAUAUUGAUACCGUUGAAAGAGAUUUAAAUUUGAGUGAAGCAAUACUUAAUCCAAAAAUUUUUCUGGAAUCCGUUCAAAACGAAACAGAAGUGAUACCACCACCGCCAGAAUUCUGUGAUGAUAUUGCGUAUUCACCAAUCGAUAAUAACACUAAUUGCAAUGAUAUUGAGUUUAAUUUAAGUUCAACGGAUGAAGAAGAAAACAUGAAUCUUUUCGCCACAAAUAAUUUUGAAAAUGUAGACCAAGACUAUGAAGUCAUAGAUACGCCAAAAGUUGAAACUUGGAAUCUUUCUACAGAAGACACAGAUUCCGUUCCCUUCAAACCUUAUCGAUUUUCAAACAACACACGACCUUGGAGUGUUCUCACACAAAACUCCAGUCAGCGACAUGAAAAGCUAAAUCGGUUUAAGUUUACAAGACGCAGUGAUUUCAAAUUGAAGAAAAGAGCAUGAUAUUAGUUUGUGAAAAGUCAAAUAAAAUUUUAUAAUUAUUA